AAAAAAUAAAAUUGUACUAUAGAAGAAUCUUUGUAAAAUUUGAAAACAAAAGCAAAUUUGUCUAAAUAUAAUUGUAACUUAGAGUCUUACUUUAUUCAAUUAUGAUCAUUCCAAAUCUAUCAAGUAGAUCAAAGUUUAUUCCUAAAACUAAAAGCAGAUUUUAAUACAUGAGCCCCAUAGUCAAGCAUCUUCAGUAGCUACAUUUUACAUUAUCCCACCUGUAGUUAAUUUAAGCAGUUUACUCAGUUAAUUUAAAGUCUGAAUUUUUUUGACUCACUGAGUUUGCAUCAUAAGCAAUUUGUAAUUAAAAAGUCAUUGAUUAGUUUAUAGUACAGUAGAUCUACUGUACUGUACAAACACAGGCCAAGUGAGGUCUGAAACAAUGCAAGAGGUGGAAAGAUACUUUGUGUAAAAAAACAGACAAAAUAAUUAACAUUUUAAAAGCAUCCAAGAGUAUUCCAAGAUAUUCAGAGGAAAAUGCUAUGCAUGUCUAUGCAGAAGUAAGUCUGACUUAGUAAAGAAUUUACUCGUUUUAGGCUCCAGAAUGUAAAAAAAAAAUGCCCAAAAAUGUCUACAGGAAGUUCAAAUCAUGAAAGUGUUCACACUGCAAACCCCGUCCCUUUUGUACAAAUGUGGUGAUACGUAUACGAAACGAGCAAGUUUGUGGAACAAUGAUCCAACAUUGCUGAUGAAAGAUUUUGAUCCUGCAGGUACCCCUGGAGAGUAAAUGGCUUUUUAUUUAGAGACUGGAUAAAACACAAUUUGAAACUAUAUAAACAUAUGAAUACAUGAUUUAGAAAUAAGAAUCCAUUAAAGCUGAAAACUAGGGAAAUACCUUGUAUUCUUCUAAUGGGCCUUUGCAGUCUAUCAUCACGCUAUUUACAUACCAGAAACAUAUAAAUAUUACACGUGUUCCUUUUAUCUUGUACAAAGUACAUGUCCCAAUUUAGUUAACAAGUAAGCCAAGAAACUGCUAUUACAGCAAUUUCUUUCACUGACUCUGCAAACUGGAUUUUAAUCUACUGAUUAUCAGUGGCAUGGAAGCUUUCAGGAGUUGGUUGAUUCUGGCUGUACUUUGCAAUUUUUGGGAAAGAAUUAUACCAUGUGGCCUGUCAACACACAUUGAAAUAGCUCAUAGAGCGCUGGAAUUUUUCAGCCAGCAAGAUGGACAAGUUGACUAUCGUAAGCUAAUACUAGCUCACCAAGAUGCAUAUCAAGCAGGAAGUCUGUAUCCUGAUGCUUUUUAUUCUGGCCUCUGCCAAAAUGGAUUGUUCCAUUAUGUUUCUGAAGAUACUCAUUGGUCACCUUUCCUCAACACAAGUAUCCAUUACAUCAGAAAGAACUAUCCACAGCCAUGGGAAGAGGCUACAGAGAAGCUGGUGGCUUUUCUCUUUGGGAUUGCCUCGCACAUGGUGGCAGAUGUAAGCUGGCACAGCUUGGGGAUUGAACAAGGAUUUCUUCGGGCCAUGGCAGCUAUUGAUUUUCAUGGCUCAUAUUCACAAGCUCAUUCUACUGGCGAUUUUGGGGGAGAUGUGUUAAGCCAAUAUGAACUUGAUUUUGAUUACUUGAAAGCAAACUGGUAUGUACCUGUUAAAGAUUUACUGUCAAUCUAUGAGGAUUAUUAUGGAAAGGAGGUGAUAACUCAAAAUACAAUUGUUGACUGCACAUAUAUGCAACUCCUUGAUCUCUAUGGCGAGAUCAUUGCUAUUGCCAAUCUUUAUCCCAUAUAUGCCAAUAAAUCCCCAUUUUUAGUGGACAAGUUCUAUGACUAUUUCCUUGGCGGAGUAGACGAUAUGGCAUUUUCAUCGAAUAAUAUUUUACAGUUAACCAGUUGGAUGUUAAACUAUGGGACUAGUGGCUGCUUUAUUCCUGAGAAUCCUUUGUUCAUACGGUGUGAAGAUGAACAGAGAAACUUUUCUGUGUUUAAAGAAUCCAGAACUCAGUACCACAGGAAGAUAAGUUCUGAAGUGGCCAAAUCAGUUGAAAAGAAUAUCAGUUAUACAGAAAGAGGAGUUUAUUUAAAAAUUCCCCAUUGGACAAUGAAUUAUCUUCAGUUCCAAAAUAGUGACACAACAAAGAGUUCAGUGAAAGAGCUGGCAGUCCCACAGCAACAGUCACCUAAAUACAUCACCAAGCCCAGUGCUUCAUAUUUUCUGAAAACUCCAUAUGCAAAACUUGGAUCGGCUAUGGCUUCAGCUGACCUAAAUCAGGAUGGAUACGAUGACCUGGUGGUUGGGGCACCAGGUUACAGCCUGGUUGGACACAUUCAGUUGGGACGUGUCUAUAUUGUUUAUGGCAAUGAAUCAGGUUUGCCUCAUUCCAAUCUGGACCUUGAUCAAGAAGCAGAUGAAAUACUAGAAGGCACUAAGCCUUCAGGAAGAUUUGGUUCUGCCAUAGCAAUUUUGGACUUCAAUGUGGAUGGAAUAUUGGAUCUUGCAAUAGGAGCCCCAUCAGUAGGAUCCCGGGAGCUUAGUUACACGGGUUCUGUAUACGUAUUUCUUGGCAACAGAGGAGGAGGUUUCCACAACCUUCCAAAUAUUACAAUAAUUUGUCAAGAAAUAUAUUGUAAUCUAGGCUGGUCCCUGCUGACAGCUGAUGUUGACAGGAAUGGAAAUAAUGACCUGCUGCUUGGUUCCCCAUAUGCACCUGCUGGUGGAAUACAAAGAGGAUUUGUGACUUCUUUUUAUUCUUCCUCUUACAGAAAUGGGCAAAGCCUGCUUUUUGUAUCAGAUGCUGACUGGAUGGUAAAAGGAGAAACAGAUUAUGCUUGGUUUGGCUCAUCACUCAGCAGUAUCCAGCUCCCAAAUAAAAUCUUGCUGCUUAUUGGAAGUCCUUUUGGGAGAAAUUGUACAAGCCUAGGGUGCCAUUUAUCCGAAAAUAACAGGCAAGCUGUUGGAAUGGUAUAUGGCUAUAUCCCACCAAACACCCAAAGCUGGUUCACGUUAAGUGGGGAUGAUGAAAAUGGGAAAUUUGGUUCAGCUUUGGCAACCGGUUUCCUUUCCAUAGAAGAACUCUCUAAGCAAGUACUGAUAGUUGGUGCACCGACACAAGACAGUGUCUUCAGGAUUUCAUUUAUAUCCUCUACACUACACCAAGCAGGAAGUGUUUUGAUAUAUGACUUGAUGGAAAAUGGCAAGCCUUCUAUACUUAGCACAUUCAAUGGAGAUAGGAGAUUUUCACGCUUUGGAGAAGAGGUGCACUUAUGGGAUCUGAACAACGAUGGACUUGAUGAAAUUAUUGUAUCAUCGCCUCUUCGAAAUGAAAAAAAUAUGGGUGGAUUGUUUGGAAAACAAGUUGGAUAUAUUUAUAUAUACAGUGGAAACCAGACCACUUCGGGUCAUGUGACAGACGACUGCAAAUCAUGGACUUCCCCUUGUCCUGAAGACUGGGCACAGUAUGUUAUCAUCUCUCCAGAGGAAAAAUCAAGAUUUGGGAGUGCUCUUCUUACAAUAAAAACUGGAGAAAAGAAUGAAGUUGUUGUAGCUGCUGAAAGAAGUUCAACUAAAGCCCGACUUAGUGGAAGGCUUUUUCUUUACACCUUCUGAUUAUCAUUUUGUGCUUCAAAGAACCUCUUCAAUGAAGUAAUCCUGAGUUUUGUGCACC